AUGUUCCAUCAUUUUUAUCAUUUUGAAAAAGAACCUGAAAACAGUAUUUUCAAAAUCAGCAAUAUCAUAUUGAAAGGCUGGCACUUGUCUCCUUUUUUGAAUCAAUCAAAAGUUCUUGAAAAAGAUUUCAAUAUGGGACUUUCAUAUCGUAUUGUUCUGGAGUAUGCAAGAAAUUACAAGGCAAAUACAUUGGAUUCAUUUGAAGAUUUGGUGGAAAAGACAGUCAAAUCCUUGUUAAAAGAUGAUACACUGAUCAAAACUUUAGAAUACACUGAGAAGAAUAGAUAUGGUGUAGAUUACAGAAAACAUGAGACUGCUAAGGAUGGUGUGAUUAUGCUCAUUGAUAUCCUAAAAAGCCCAGAUGUUUGGUCAAAAGAAUGGCAAACAAACGAAGCAUUGCGGAUUGUGGGUGAAAUUAUACAAUUUGUUGAUGAACAUGGCCUGGAAACAGAAGGAAUGUCACCAAUAAAAGAUAGAUUUGAUGCUACAGUAAGGAAUAAAUUGGAAUUAAUUGCCUGUAGAAAUCAGGAUCUUUUAGAAUUGGAAAAUAUUUACAGAUAUUUGAAAAAUGAGUUUCCUCUAAGCAAUAAAGUUGGAAUUUCAAGAAUACCACCACUUGAAGAACUGAAACUAAUUGAAAACUGGUUGAGAAAAUAUCACAAGGCUGAUUUUGAAAGAAUGGAUGUGAAUAUGGAAGUCAGUAAGAAAGAAAUUGAAGUCCGUGUUCAGUUUUUGGAAGAUGAAAUGAACAAGCUCAGGAAAAAGUAUUCUGAAUCAGGAACUUCAUUAGUGUUUGAAUCUGUUCCACGAAUAACCUUGCAGAGCAAGAAGGGAAAAAACCCUUUUUCAGUUUGAGACAACUGUAAAAUGCACAAUAAGCAACAAACAUUCCAUUCUGGUUUACAUAUUCCCUGGAAAUUACAAGAUUCUUAGACCAUCCAAGUUGUUUGGGUGAAUUAUAUAUGGGGGUUCCAUUAAUUUUUCUUUUUAAGGAUCUACCAAUGGAAGAAAACAAGUUCAGAUUGAGUCAAAGUCAUUAGUCAAUCCUAAAUUUUGAUAAACUGGGAUUUUGAUUUAAAUAUUUUGAAAAUACUGGGCACCUUAAG